GGUGGGGGGAGGAGGGUUUGUUUCGCUUUGCUUUCGGGGCGGAAAUCAAGAAGUGGGGGGAAGAACUUGCGCGAUAAUUUAUAAAAAAACACAAAUAAGGUGGAAGGGAGGCGUUCAGCUCGGGGCCCUCCUUCCUGCCCCCUCCCUCUCACUGCCCUUCUCCCCCCUCCCCAAUCCUCCUCAUCCCGCCGGCUUGGAGGUGGAUCUCGGUUCGUUUGAAGCCUGGUUUUCCAGUCGAAGGUGGUUGGGGGCUGGGGAGGGGGCAGAGGCAGGCAGGCAGACAGACAGACAGGCAGCGAUGGCUCGACCGAGGCCGAGAGACUACAAGGCUGGCGAUCUGGUGUUCGCCAAGAUGAAAGGCUACCCGCACUGGCCAGCGAGGAUUGACGAGCUUCCGGAGGGAGCUGUGAAACCACCAGCAAAUAAAUAUCCUAUUUUCUUCUUUGGAACUCAUGAGACUGCCUUUCUGGGAUCAAAAGACCUUUUACCAUACCAAGAAUAUAAAGAAAAAUUUGGAAAGUCUAACAAACGAAAAGGCUUCAAUGAAGGUCUGUGGGAGAUUGAAAACAAUCCUGGUGUCAAGUUCACAGGAUAUCAGGCGAUACAGCAACAGAGUUCUUCAGAGACAGAAGGGGAAGGGGGAAAUACAGCAGAUGCCAGCAGUGAAGGUGAAGGGCCAGAGAUAAUGGACGAGGAGGGAAAAGCUAAGAGCAAAAAUGAAAAAGCAGGUUCCAAACGGAAAAAAGCUGCUUUCAAGAAAUCUGCAAAGCAGUUGCGGAAAUCCACUGACCAGGAAGGCAAAGACGAAGCUGAUAAGGAUAUCAAAGAGGAAGAGGAUAAGAGUGGUUCAGAGACAGGAGAGGCAGAUGGCGAUGCAAAAAAUGCUGCGGAGUAUCAGCAAGUGAAUGAGGAGACUUCGAUCAUUUGAAUUCUGGCCACUGAGGAUGGAGGACCAGGUCUCAGCUGUCCAUGACUGGACAUUUUACAUACAAUCAUUCCUUCUGUCUCUGUCGACAUCAGCAUUUUGUGCAGGCUUUCCUUCAUUGUGCUCCCGAUUAUAAUUUUGCGCACAUGCCAGUCAGUAAAACACCGAGAAAACGUCAUGCAUUUUAUAUUUUCCCUCUUCUGGAAUGUCGUGAGCAGCAUUCCAUCCACCCUUUACAGUACUUCAUUCUUAUAACUGCCUAGCUGUUCUGUUACUGAGAGAGGAUACAAUAUUUAUUUUUGAUGCUUGCUUUAAAUGUGAAAAAUAAACUUUUUUUUCUUGUA